UCUUUGUGGAUAUCAAUAUGAUAAUAAGAGGAGAUUAGACGCCGGGAGAAUCGGAAAUCCUCACACGCCUGCCCGAGAUCUCUUUGGUCAUAAUUUGUAUUGCUUGGUCCUUGUCAGUCAUCAGACUGUCAGCAGCAUUUUGUAAUCGAAGAAAAAAAAAACACACCAACAUGACUAUAAGAAACGUGCGGGAUCAUGGCCAGCGUUACAGACCGCGGAUGGCUUGUCUGAAAAAGAUGGAGGCUGUGGUGUUGGAAAUGCAGGACCCUAAGACUGGAGUAAAGUCUCAGACCCAGAGACUUGUCAUCACCACCAUCCCUCAUGCCAUCACAGGAGAAGAUAUUGUUGAAUGGAUUUCUAAUUGUUUCAAAAUCAAUACUACUGAGGCACAGGCCUUGGGCACCAUGAUGGUGGCAUUUGGAUACAUUUACCCACUGCAGGACCACAAGAAACUUAUCAUCAAACCAGAUGCCUCUCUCUAUCGUUUUCAGACACCAUAUUUCUGGCCUGCACAGCAGUGGCCAGUGGAGGAUACUGAUUAUGCAAUAUACCUGGCAAAGAGAAAUAUACGUAAAAAGGGAAUGUUAGAGCUGCAUGAACAGGAGCAGUACAGUCAUCUAUAUAAAUGGAUGAAUCACAAGUGGGACUUUAUAGUGAUGCAGGCAAAAGAGCAGUACAGGGCAGGGAAAGAGAGAAAAAAACCAGAUCGGGUGGUUUUUGACUGCCAAGAGCGAGCCUACUGGGUAGUACACAGACCACCACCAGGAACAGUUAGUGGGAUGGACUAUGGACUGGAACGACUUGUAGAUCCCAAUCAGGAGGAGAAAAAAACAUCUGACUUCUACAGAAGAACUAUCAUCUUCACUCAACAGUGCAUCAUGAGGCCAAGAGUGAAGUCCUCUGUGUCUAUUGGGGCCAUUGUCAAGUACACAACAACUUACAAACAACAUGACCCCUUCCUUUAUCCAUGCCUUCCAAGCAGCCCAUGGUUAACAGAUGAUGUCACUUACUGGGACCUUAACAUGCCAAAUGUUGAAAAUCCUACAAAAAUGAGAGUGGAGCGCUGGACUUUUAGCUUUGGUGAACUGCUUUGUGAUCCACGUGGACGAGCAGAUUUUCGCCUUUUUCUGAAAAAGGAGUUCAGUGGAGAGAAUCUUGCAUUCUGGGAGGCAUGUGAAGAUCUGAAAUGGGGGGCUGCAGCUACAAUGCAAGAGAAAGCCCAGCAGAUCUACAAGACGUUCCUAGCUCGUGGAGCACCUCGUUGGAUAAACAUUGAUGGAAAGACGAUGGAAAUCACUGUGAGGGGUCUGUCUCACCCACAUCGCUAUGUCCUGGAUGCUGCCCAGACUCACAUCUACAUGCUCAUGAAGAAGGAUUCUUAUGGGCGAUAUCUUAAAUCCUCUGUAUUUAAAGACACCCAGAAAAAGGCUGUUGCUCCUGAGCCACACAAAUUCAGUGAUGCACAGCUGGAGCAGAAUGCCAAGAAGCGAAGGCCCAGCCUGAGUCCCAUCAUCCUGAGACAGCAGGAGGAGGCGCAAAAAGCCAAGCUGGCUGCGAGCGGCCCUGUGGACAUCACACAGCUGUGUCGGUACACAGCGCCUGUGCCACACUUGGCUGUGUACACAGGCAUGUGUGAGUCCCAGUCCACUGCCUCCCCGGGACUAAUGACCCUGCCCAACAGUGCAGUGUGUCCUUCCCCAAUAAGCGUGGCCAUUGACAGCACCCCAGCCUCCGAGAGAAGAUUUGACUGUGGGGUGCCUGUUUCAUCUCAUAUCCCAUCUAUCACUGAAAGCUCGGAGGUCUCCGUUUCAGAGGAUAGUCAGCCUAUUGCAUCCAAGUCCCGUGUAGCCCUAUCACUCAGCAGAAUCCUUCGGCGAGGAUGUAAUGCGCCGUCCAUGUUUGCUAGUCUCUCACCAAAAUGUGCUGUUACAGCAGGGGGAGGAAGAGUACAACCACUUGAAGUAGUGGAGCAACUUGCACAGCCCCAGCCCAAGAGGAUUGCAAAUUUUUUUCAGAUCAAAGUCGACAUCCCACCUGAAUGCCGCAUCUACCCUAUUGACUCAGAAGAUGAAGAAGAGGAGAGCCAUGGUGCUGCACAUGGGGGAGUCAAGGAAAUCAUAUGCCCUUGGGAAACUGUCACCAAACAUGAUGGCGCAGGGUAGAGAGCUACUGUACGUACUACACAGAGGAAAUGACAGACAUGCAGAAAGAUACAUAUAUGUAAUAAAGUGAUCAUGGUUCCCACCUAGGCAUGCUCUGGAAGAAGAUGUUUGAAGUAACAACAUGUCAAACAUGUCUGUAUUUCUGAUAGCUUUUAGGUAGUGCCUACAUGUUCUAGUAGCUGGUAAAAAAGUACUUAUAUAGUAUCAUGGUAGUGGGAUUUUAUAUUUGUAUCUGCUUGUUCUGUUUGUGGGUAUGACAAGUUGAGGCCUUAUUUUAGCUGAGCUUUCUUUUAGCAAAAUCGUCACUAAGCUGUUUAGUAAUGCAAAGGUUUUGUACUUGUUUAUUAUUUUGUAUUUAUCAAAAAUGCAUUGACAUACACUGUUUAAAGAAAUCAUCAAUAUUUUCAUAGUUUUCCUUAGUAUCUCCAGCAAGACAGCACACGGGAAAUGUACUGUCUGAAUGUAUUACCUUU